AAAGCUGGCAUGCGGGAGCUAAUUUAUUUGAGGGUAGGCACGGAUUCUCUGUCAAAAAGGCUGUGACAAGUUAAUUGGGUUGGUAGAUUGGGAUUCACACCAGGCUAGCCUAUACCCAGUUGUUACGAAGUGGGAAUCUACCACCAAGCUUCCUCACCGCCUAAGUUGUGGCUUAUAAGAAGCAGGCACGGGCUUAGCAAUCAGAAUGAAAUUCUUUCAGUCAACUUAACUUAUUUUUCUCCACCCACCUUCCUCUAUCACCUAUCCCUCCGCUCCUUUCUCUUUCUCUUCAAAAACAUGUCCACCACAAUCACAGGCAGCUAUUUUCCGCAUUAUGAUUGUGGCACAAUCAUCCUCAAUGUGAGCGCUGCCACAUUCACCAAAGCCCAAAAGAGGUGGCGGGUUGCCUAUGUUGCCAUCUGCUCUUUCCGGGUCCUGCUUUCUCUCUCCAAACAGAAUGUAAUGAGGCAAAAGGCCACCAGUACUGCUUUACUGCACUCUCAUUUAACUGUUGAUAUCCAGCCACCCACUUCCUAUCAUCAUGAUGAUCAAAGCGACAUUGUCCCUAACCCUGAUUUACCCGACUUAGUCCCUAAACCUCACCCACCUGACUUAGUCUCUAACCAUGCGUUACCUGACAUCAAUACAAAACUUACAGAGAUGGUGAAGGAGAAAGACCUGAUUGCUCUUCGGGGUUUUGGAGGAGUAGAAGGUGUCGCAGCCACUCUUUUGAUCGACCCUCAGCAUGGAAUCCUGGGAAACGAGGAUGAUGUUCGCAGGCGACGAGACAAGUUUGGUUCCAACACUUAUUACAAGCCACCCCCAAAAGGGCUCUUCUAUUUUGUUGUGGAUGCUUUCAAGGAUACCACAAUUCUCAUAUUGCUGGUCUGUGCUGCACUUUCUCUUGGCUUCGGCAUCAAAGAACAUGGGCCACAGGAAGGUUGGUACGAGGGUGGAAGUAUAUUUGUGGCUGUCUUCCUUGUUAUCUCUGUAGCUGCACUUAGUAAUUUCAGACAGGAGAGACAAUUCGACAAGUUAUCCAAGAUUAGUAACAAUAUAAAAAUUGAUGUUGCAAGAGAUGGAAGAAGACAAGAAAUCUCUAUUUUCGAUAUUGUAGUUGGAGAUGUGGUCUUUCUAAAUAUUGGAGAUCAAAUACCAGCUGAUGGACUGUUCUUAGAAGGGCAUUCCAUGGAAGUGGAUGAGUCGAGCAUGACGGGAGAGAGCGACCAUGUGGAAGUUGAUCGUGAGAGGAACCCGUUCCUGUUUUCUGGUUCAAAGGUGGCAGAUGGAUAUGGUCGAAUGCUCGUGACGUCAGUGGGGAUGAACACUGCAUGGGGCGAGAUGAUGAGUUCAAUAUCGCGUGAUACUAAUGAACGAACCCCAUUACAAGCAAGGCUCGACAAAUUAACCUCAUCUAUUGGAAAGGUUGGUCUUGCAGUUGCUUUCCUAGUUCUUGUAGUCUUAUUGAUACGUUACUUUACGGGGCAUACGAAAGAUGAGAAUGGGCAAAGGGAAUAUAAUGGUAGCGAUAAAGACAUAAAUGAUGUGUUGAAUUCAGUUGUGAAUAUUGUAGCAGCUGCAGUUACCAUUAUUGUAGUGGCUAUUCCUGAGGGUUUGCCAUUAGCUGUAACCCUCACACUAGCUUACUCUAUGAAAAGAAUGAUGGCUGAUCACGCAAUGGUUAGGAAACUUUCAGCCUGUGAAACAAUGGGCUCAGCUACUAUUAUUUGUACCGAUAAAACGGGCACCUUGACAAUGAAUCAGAUGAAAGUGACCAAGUUUUGGCUUGGCCAAGAGGAGAUGGGAGAAAUUCCUUCUAAUGCAUUUACUCCAUCCAUUCUUGAAUUGUUCCGUCAAGGAGUCGGGUUAAAUACAACGGGUAGCGUUUACAGACCUGCUUCAGGAGCUGUCUUUGAGUUUUCUGGUAGUCCAACUGAGAAAGCAAUUCUCUCUUGGGCUGUCCAGGAAUUGGGCAUGGAUGUGGAGCAAUUGAAGCAAACUUAUAGCAUCCUCCACGUUGAAACUUUCAAUUCUGAAAAGAAAAGAAGUGGGGUUUCAAUGAGGAAGAAUGCCGAUAAUACCAUCCAUGUGCACUGGAAAGGAGCUGCUGAGAUGGUACUACAAAUGUGUUCAAAUUACUACGAGACUAGUGGGACUAUCAAGUCUAUGGAUGAAGAUUCAAGGAUGCAAUUAGAGAAAAUAAUUCAAGGCAUGGCAGCUAGUAGCCUGCGGUGCAUUGCUUUUGCUUAUAAGCAAAUUUCAGAAGCGGAAAUAGAAUACAAUGAUGAUGGGAGGGCCCACCAAAAGCUAAAUGAAAACGGAUUAACCUUGCUAGGGAUAGUUGGGCUCAAGGACCCAUGUCGGCCAGGGGUCAAGAGAGCCGUGGAAAUUUGUAAAUCUGCAGGAGUGGAAAUCAAAAUGAUCACGGGGGACAAUAUUUUCACAGCUAAAGCUAUAGCCACAGAAUGUGGGAUACUUGGGUCUGAUGAUACAGAACAUAAGGGAGCAGUGGUAGAAGGGGUCGAAUUCCGAAACUACACCCACGAAGAGAGAAUGCAGAAGAUUGAUAAAAUUCGUGUGAUGGCAAGGUCCUCACCCUUUGACAAGCUUUUGAUGGUACAGUGCUUGAAGCAAAAAGGUGAGGUGGUUGCAGUUACUGGGGAUGGCACAAAUGAUGCACCUGCUUUAAAGGAAGCUGAUAUAGGACUCUCCAUGGGCAUUCAAGGUACUGAGGUGGCCAAGGAGAGUUCGGAUAUUGUUAUCUUGGAUGACAAUUUCACUUCUGUUGCCACGGUGUUGAGGUGGGGUCGAUGUGUUUACAACAAUAUCCAGAAAUUCAUCCAAUUUCAACUCACCGUGAAUGUUGCAGCUCUUGUGAUUAACUUUAUUUCAGCAGUUUCUGCAGGCGAAGUUCCCCUCACAGCUGUUCAACUGUUGUGGGUAAACCUAAUUAUGGACACAUUGGGAGCUUUGGCUCUUGCUACAGAUCGGCCCACCAAUGAACUGAUGCAGAGACCACCUGUUGGUCGCACUGAACCCCUCAUAACCAAUGUUAUGUGGAGGAACCUUCUGGCUCAAGCUCUAUACCAAAUAGCCGUCCUCCUGACCUUACAGUUCAAGGGUGAGUCCAUCUUUAAUGUGGAUGAGAAGGUGAAUGAUACUCUAAUUUUCAACACUUUUGUCCUUUGCCAAGUUUUUAAUGAGUUCAAUGCAAGGAAGUUGGAGAAGCAGAAUGUAUUCCAGGGCAUUCACAAGAACAAGUUGUUUCUUGGGAUUGUGGGAUUUACAAUUGUUCUUCAGGUUGUGAUGGUGGAGUUCCUAAAGAAAUUUGCAGAUACAGUGAAUUUGAAUGGGUUGCAAUGGGCAAUUUGCAUUGCAAUUGCAGCUGUAUCAUGGCCAAUUGGUUGGAUUGUGAAGUUCAUACCUGUUUCGGACAAACCAUUCCUCAGUUACCUCAAGUGGGCAGGACAAGCAUUCGGAAGGAUUGGAAGGGGCUGUGUGAAAAGGUGAGGCCCUGAGCAUGACGCAAGCAAUGCUUUGGCCACUAAAAAGAGGCCUAACUUUGCUCAUGCACUGGGCAUGGAUGGACCUGAAGGAUUGGUAUUUAACAGAGGAGCAUUGAGAUAUACCCACCAACCUGUGCAUGGAAAACAGGCAAGGCCUAUGACAACUAAAACUUGAUAGAGCAUGAAAACAUGAGGUUGUCUUAUGACUUAAGUUAGGGUGUAGAGAUCGAGAGUAGGCAAGCAUAUUUUGAGGCUCAAACUUGCAUUAAGGUCUUUUCUGAUGUAUCAUAGUGUGUAUUGUUUUAUCUCAUUGUAGAUGCAUGCAUGGUUUGGAUUAUACAUUAAAUACAUUAAAAAACAGGUCAGAUUUGCUGUC